AUGUCGACAGCCUAUGAAAACCAGGACUUGGAUGUGAAGCUAGCUGGGCAACAGCAGACCUUGCGCGGCGGCCAAAGGCCGGACAAGCAUCAGUAUUCUAGGCCUCAUAACCAACUACGCACUGUUAACUGCUCCAUCCCUCCCAUUGCGAAUGGCUUUGUCAACGUGUCUGAGAUUCAAUACCCAGAUCGUGUUAUAUAUUCCUGCAGGCAAGGUUAUGGAUUAGUGGGAGAUGCCGAUCCAAUGUGCACGGAGCAUGGAACUCUAUCCUCAGUCCCCUAUUGUAGUGAAACGAAAUGUCAGGCACCUUACAUUCCAGACGGCUUCAAGGACAAGGAUGUCAUAGUUGUCACAUUCACUGUGACCUACUCAUGUAUUCCCGGUCUGAAGGUUAUCGGCGAUGCCACGCCACGCUGCAUGCUCAAUGGAAGUCUCUCUUCGGUACCUCACUGCGCACCCUUUAACUGCAGUUUACCAGCAAUUAUAAACGGCACGGCUAAUGCUUCACUCUUGGAAUAUGGCCAAGUUGCCCAGUAUUCGUGCAACAGCGGAUACUUUCUGCUCGGCUCUUCAAUAGUUACAUGCAAUGCUCAUGGCACCAAUAGCCCAAUUCCCUCAUGUCACUCUUCAGCACUAACCGACUAUACUGCUUGCGAUUCCUCUGUAACGAUAAUAUCACACAAUAAACUGAGUUACGGUUCAGCAAACACACUAUGCUUGAUGUACAAUGGAACUAUUCUACCGGAUUCGUCUUUUGGCAAAGGAUGUGCGAGUAAGUACACCAAUGAACAAAAGAUUGGAUGGAGAGGGCUGCGAACAGCAGAUGGCAAGGUAUUUGACACCGCCAGCAUGGCACGUGACCUGAGCAGCGAGCUGUACGCCAUAUGCGAGAUACAUGUGAAAUGCAAUGUACCUGCUAUUGACAACGGGCAGGCUAACCUCAGUGUAGUAGCUGUCACAAACUCUGUGACCUACUCCUGCCCACUCAGUCUGGUCAUCGAUGGUGAUAUGAACCCAACGUGCCAGGGCAAUGGAAACCUAACAUCAGUUCCUAGCUGUAUAAGUAAGUCAUGUUAG